AUGCCCUGGCAGGCGCAAGUAUGCACAUUUUGCGAAAAGCAAUAUGUGCACAAGAGAGGCCUCCGUGACCACCUGUAUCGAUACACAGGGGAAAGGCGAAUACCCGCCGAUGGAAUCCAUGACGUUUUGAAGAUUGAGAGGAUUCUCGAUCCUGAUGCAAUAGACCAGUGCCAGUAUCGAUGCCCAGGUUGCUCUAAGAUCAUCAAUCUGCGCCGGCAAUUCAUUGAACAUGUUAUCUAUUCAAGGCACGAGCCGCACGACAAUGUUCCAGAUGGUGAUUCCCAACCAGGCACCAAGAGACAACGCCGGAAUCGAGAAUGGCCAUUUCGGUUCGAGGAGGAAACAGUUAAAGUCUGGCAACGGACAGGAACCUUUCCUUUUCUUCGACUUCCUUUCGAACUUCGAUACAUGAUAUACAAGUUCGUUCUGUGCUUCGGUAAUAUUAAGUUUGGAGCACACCUUUUGUCAUCGUUUGUUUAUCCAGAUCGGCAAGGGUUAUGGCUACAGCACAACCCGAAAAACAACCUUUUGACUCUGCUGGCUGUCAACCGUCAGGUCUACAACGAAGCACGACGGGUACUCUACAGCCUCAAUUCUUUCAUCUUCGAAGUGUCCGAUCAGAUCCCGGUAUUCCUGAUCGGUAUUGGUCGGGAGAAUGCGGCGUUUCUGCAAUCAGUACGAUGGAUGAAUGGGCCGCGGCAUGCCGAAAACCAGAUUGAUUCUAUUCGGCAAUACCUGACACGCUCAGAAGAAGAGCAUAUCUGGAAUGAUGAGAAGUCAUAUCUGAGUCUCUUUGCGAUGCUCGUUAACAAACCUCCUAAUUACGUUAUUGCUCGUCACGAUCAUCACCUGGUGCGGUUGGACUCAGACUGUGUACCAUCGCGUGGCUACCGAGUGCGCUAUCGCAUGCAAGCAAUCCUUGGAGAAACUGAUGGAGAGGUCAGCGAAACGAUAGGAACAGAGGGGAAUAUAUCUUUCGAAGUGUACAAGUGCCCUAGGGAAUAUGACUUCAAAACAUAUCAAUAUAUCAUAGAUAGCAAAUAG